CCAACCCUUUCUCCCCAACAAAGAGGCUGUACUGUCACGUGUGCUGUGAGCUGGUCCUGUAAACAGUCCAAGAGAGAGAGAGAGAGUGAGUGAGUGAGUGUGAGACACACAGAGUAAAGGGUGGGAAUUGAUGGUUUGGUGAAGCAGAGAGAGAGAGAGAGAAAAAAAAAUGGUUCAAACAGUGGAAGCCAAUCUUUGCAAUUCUUCUCUCAAGGCUGGACAUCCUCCUGCAGUGAAAGCUGGUGGUAUGAGGAUCACCAAGAAACAGGGGAAUGAGGAAAAUGCGAGCGGCGACAAAGAAAUCAAGAAGCGUCCUGUUGAAAGCUCAAGUUCGGCUGUCAACUCCUCAAAAAUGAGCUUCAUCUUAGCCAGAACUAUUGAUAAGCUGAACCGAAACGUCCCAGUUUCAGAUGCACAUCAAAAGCUCCAACCUGCUGUUGAAAAGCUGCCACCACCGAGACAAUUGCAUGUCAUUCACCAGCCACGGAAACAAUGAAUGAGAUGCGUUGACUAACAAGUGAUGAACGGCGAUAAAUCUCAUACACAGAAGAGAAAUUGGUGUAAUGGUGGGUG